AGCGGCGCCUGCCUGCAUCGUGUACAAGGACGAGCUCCACGACAAACUUCACGUUUGCAGCCCUCCAAGAUGCUGUCUUCGAAAGUUCACCAUGCUCUGGGUGCCGCCAACAACAACAAACCAGCUCCGAGAUGCCCCAGCCUAGCCCCACUGCCGCCGCCGCCGCCGCCCCGCCCUUCUACGCUUCUUGAGCCAACUACAACCACGUCCAAAUCGCCACGCGCUGCCCUUGGUCCCUCCACACCUAGCUGCCUUCACUGUGAGGUCCGCGAGGUUUGCAAACACAUUCACUUCCACCGUCCGACGUCAUGUCGCGCAAAAAGGGCAAGAACAAGGGAAAAGGCUCUGCAAAGAGCACGCCCGCCAAACGCCAGAAGUCCCAAUCGUGGCAGCUUCAGGAGGCAACGACGCCAAAGUUCUCCCUCGUCGACGAGGCUCGCUGGAUGUCAAACCACCGCACCGCCGCUUUCGAAGCGGGAAAGAAGCUGCGCCAUAUGCCCAUACACUUCGUCAGUGCCGGCCGCCUCGAAGGCACAAUCAAGGAGCCGAUGCCUAUACCCGCGCUCGACCUCGCUGAGCUAGGUUCAGAGAACGAGUCAACUACACCAUCCUCGCCCGCAUCCACCUCAUCGCACCACACCACGCCUGAUAAUACCCGCGCUAUGGCCCACAUGGCCCUCCGUAGUCCUUCACCCGUCGCCUCAGAUACUUCCUCGAGCGGAGACGAGGUCGUCUUCAGAGGGCGUGGCCACACUCCUGCAGUUCACGCCACACAGACUACCGCCUCUCCCGCACAACAGCCGACUACGCACGAAAAAGCACCAGACACCCAACCCCAAAAAGCUCAUGAAGCUACUCAGCUAUCCCAUAGGCCUCGAAAUUCUGCCCCUCUCACCAACCCGCAACUCACACCAACCUCGACUGAACAGCUCACAUCAGUUACAGAGGACGCACAGCCUCGAACUUCUGUCACCGUCAGCAUUCGCAUCAAAUCCGGCACUCGGCCCAAGCAGGACGUGGAAUCAGACAGCGACAGUGUGGUGCAAGACCACUUUGCGAAGCGAAGGGGAGAUAAGCCUGCUUGGGAGGGUACUACCACAGAAUGGCAGCACCGAAGUAAGCCAGGGAUUGGAUGGCUGCCAGUCCAGGAUCGCCCUGAAAUGGACGCCUUUCUCCGAGGUGACGUGAAUCCACGCGAUGCGGCAAUGGACGAUUAUAUGCAAAACAUGGAAGAAUUUGGUUUCACCGACGACAUGGUGGCAGCGUCCGGCUUCGCCCGUCGCGAGAUGGAUCUAGACGCUGGUAGCCACAAUGAUUGGGAGUCCGCAUCGGGAAGUCAAGCAGAGCAGGACAAUUCUGAACAAGGCGACGACAGUUGGGAUUCCGACAUGAUACAGGACUUUGCAGACAUCAGCACCUCCUCUGACGUCAUGGACACAGUCGUCCGCAUAUUGUCGAAGCGCACCCGCAAAAGUGGCCUCCAUUACCUCUGUGUCUAUGAGGGUUCUGUCACUGAUGACGCUCGCUGGCUGCCAUCAAGCUUUCUUAAGAGCGCCGUUGAGAAGCAGUUGAUUAGAGACUUCGAGGAAAAGGUGUUCCUGCGAGAGCAGCAACAGAGUAGUAGCGAAUCGGCAGACGAUGAGGAUGAGGAUGAGGAUGAAGAAGAAGAUGAAGAAGAUGAUGAAGAAGAGAUUGACGAUGAAACCAUCGCUCGGAUUCUGCAGAAGCAAGAAGAGCUUGGACUAGGUUCGGAUGAGGUGCUGUUAUAUGCAGGAGACGAGUUCUUUGAUGGACCUAUCGACACCGUGGCCACCUCGUUUGGUAGACCUAAUAAAAAGCGACAGGCUCGUGUCCGAGGGAACCGCGAACACACUUUCCCAUCUGCCUCCGCCAUGGCUGAUGCACUAGCACUGGAUCCCUACGGCGGCUUUGACAUCAUGGAUACCGAGCGCCCUUCAUUGAAGCCAAAGAAGAAGGGUAGACGGGGCCAAAUGCCUCCAGAGCUGGAGGAUUCAGAUCUCAACGAGCAGCUGCAGAGCUCGUGGGCUGCCGAUAGAGCCAAGAAGCGUCUUAAGAAGGCAGAGCGCGAAGAGUUAAGACAGCAGGGUCUUUUAGGCAGGAAAGGAAAGGCUCCCAAUCUCAACAUUAAGUAUCAGGGCGGCAUCGAGAUGCAGGAUGUCGUCGAAGAGAUUCGCGAGUUCCUCUUUGGUGACAUGCAAACCUUGGCCCUCCCUGCCAUGGAUGCACAUCGCCGCGCGGCCGUCCAUCAAGCGUCGCGAUACUUCAACUUGACCUCUCGUUCCCGAGGCGACGGGCUGGAUAGAUUCACGGUUCUCUCGAAAACCUCUCGCACACGUACCUGGACCGACGAUGAAUUUGAUGCUGUAAUCCUGCGAAAAGGUUUCCUCAAGCGGCUGCGUGGUCCUCUGCGCACUCAAGGGGGUGCUCGUCCUGCCAAAGGCGCUCCAGUUCGCCAUGGAGGUGCACGUACCCGCCCCCAAACUGGUUACAAAGAUGGCGAUACGGUGGGCGCGAAUGCCCCCGAACUAGGUCCUGAGAAUAGAGGCCACGCUUUGCUUAAGAAGAUGGGUUGGUCGAAGGGUAUGGGACUCGGAGCCCUUGAUAAUAAGGGUAUUCUGCAGCCCAUCCCACAUACGGUGAAGACGAACAAGGCGGGUUUGCAAUGAGAAUCGCCUCUCCCCAUAGCUCGGUGUGUAUUUCCUAUCACCUUUUCGGUUUUCCACAACGUUUGCAGAGCAUGGAUGUAUCGGCGGAAUCUCGUUGGAUUAAAGUCAGGUCGAAGCUCAACGCAGUCGCUUGCCUGCGUUUAGUAUGAGUUCGCUCCACUGUCUGUUUCUCUAUAUACACGCCUGCAUCCUGUACUAGUUGGCUGUAUUAAUGCUAGGUUUCGGCGCAUGGGUGGUCAUGACAGGUUGAUGGGUUGCAUGGUUGAUCAUGGCGUAUAGCAUAUCUCUUUUUAGUUCGCAGCUACCCGCUACGAUUCUUUGACACCCCUCACGGAGGAUGUGGAUUUUGGCGUUUCUUGUUGCCGAACGACGGUUUACUCGCACGGUAUGAGCGACACUCGUGCAGUGACGCCCAAUGCGGUUAUAGAUAUUGUCUCGCUCGUGGUAGCAACUCAAUACAAUUUUCUAGAUGAACC